AUAUGUCGCAAAGGAAUUUUCCGCACUCUAAGCGAAUUUUUCAUGUGGAAUGAGUUAAUUCGGUUAUCAUGCUUUUUACAUGAGUGAAAAAAGUAAUACCAGAAGAUUCUUCACUUAAUAUGUGAUUAUUUAUAAUAUUUGGGAAAGAAGGCGAUGCAUUGCGGUCGAAAUUUUAAUUAAUUGUUCAAGAAUAUAAUUUGUUUUAUAUUUUUAAUUUAAAUUUAGAGAAUUUUUUAUUUUAUUUUGGAAGAAUUCAGCAUAAUGGGAACGCCAUAUCCCCGCCGAAGGAUAUUAUGUCCUUUGAAACCCGACAAAGCACCUGCACAAUCAUUCUCAUUUCUUUAUAUAUUUCUUAUAGUUUGUACAAUAGUUUUCAUCUGUUUUUAUUCACUUCCCUUAAAUAUCAGCAAUAGUACUUUAAAACCUUUAAGUAAUGAAUUAAUACCUACAACAAUACAGAAAUCAAUUUCCCAACCUUUGAAAAACGAUGAAAAAUCCAUUUUAAACGAACUUUUCGGUGAAAUUCCUUCUACAGCAUCGUCUGUCUUAAAUACAGACAUUUCUUCAUCUGUUAGUUCAGACGCUACAGAAACAGAAAUAAAAACCACUCCACUUACACAACAGAAAACCCAAGGUGUGGCAGCAUCCGCAACGAUGCAUAAAGUUGAAGAUUUUACCACGAUUUUCAAUUCUCUUUCAACAACAAAUCUGGAAGUAACAAACGAAAGGAAAGACACAGACGAUUCAACAAGACAUAGCAAUUUAAAGAAUCAAUAUUUAGACACCACCAGAGAAACUCGUUACAGGUCUACAGGCAACAAAGCGGAGGAAUCCACUGAAACUUCAACUUCUCGAGACGAUUCUAAUCUUGACUCGACAAACAAUCCGGCCGAAAAUAAAAAAUUGCAAAGAAAAAAUUAUCCUAGCAGCCAGUCAGUAAAUACCAGCACGGAUUUCCAGCCAGAGAAAGAAUUCUUAGUAUUUUCAGAUCAUUGUAAGAUCCCAAAUAUUGACCCAUGCCAUCCGAGCAUUUUAAAAUACAUACAAGAAUCUCCACCGCUGGAAUGCAAGGGUGAAGAGCCCAUAACUAAAACGGAAGGAAACAUGCUGUUUAUCGAUAAAGAAGCCGUUCGAAGACGCCAUUUGAAUAUAUCUGAAAUCACAUGCCUAUAUAUGGAAAUAGGCAGAUCUUCAGCGGGUCAUUCUGAUAAUGGAGUUGGGCUUGGAUUCAAUCACACACUCACAAAUAAAGUUGAAAUCAUGUCUGAAUUCAUACGAGUCGUAUGCUCCUUCAUAAACGAGACAAAAUUCUACGAAGGGUUCCACACUUUCGUCCACGACAAGCCUGAAGUGGAGGAGCGAUGCAAUCAACAAAACAGUUCCGGUUAUAGUGUUUUAAUAGUUGGAAUCGAUGCCAUGUCCCGCAUGAACAUGCACAGGCAGUUAAAGAAGACAGCUCGGUAUUUGUUGAAAGAUAUGGAAGCUGUUGAAAUGUACGGCUUUAACAAAGUUGGAGACAACACAUUUCCUAAUCUCAUGCCUUUACUGACAGGUUACGACGAAAGAGAACUGAAAUACGUUUGCUGGAAUGCUUCAAAGAAAAACCCCUUGGACAAGUGCAACUUUGCAUGGAAGAAGUUUGCUAAAGAAGGGUAUCGAACCUUUUAUGCGGAGGACUCUCCACAUAUGUCAACUUUCAACUACUUGAAAGCAGGAUUUAAUUAUCAGCCAACGGAUUAUUACUUUCGUCAUUUCAUGCUAGUUAUGGAACAGAUUCUGGGUGUCAAGAAAUUGCUAAACACCUAUGUCUGUGUUGGAAAUAUUUCUGAAACGGAGGUUCUUCUCCGAUGGACAGAGCAGUUUGCUUCUCAUUUUAAAGAUAGGAAAUAUUUUUCAUUCUCAUGGAUAAAUGGUCUCACGCAUGAUUUCCUGAACAAAGGAUCUGCUGUGGAUCACUUGUAUGAAAAGUUAUUUCGUAACUUGCAUACAUCUGGAGCUCUCAAUAAGACCAUCGUUAUAGUAAUGGGAGAUCAUGGUAUGAGGUGGGGUUCGAUUCGGAAAACAUACAUUGGCAGAUUGGAAGAAAGAUUGCCAAUGCUUGUGAUAGCUUUGCCACCAGAAUUCAAGAAAGAACAUCCAACAGAAACCAAAGCUUUGCAACUUAAUUCUCACAGAUUGGUCACUCCUUUUGAUCUUCAUGCUACACUGAUGAAUAUACUUCAUCUGGACAAGAAUUUUACUUUCAUUAAUCCAGAUAAUGUUGAUGAGGAAUUGGCAGAAAAUUAUACUGCCAGAGCGAAAACUUUAUUCCAACCUAUUCCAGAGGAUAGGUCUUGUGACGACGCCUCGAUCGAUGAGCAUUGGUGCACAUGUGAAAACUCACUACCUGUUGAUACUGAUGAUAGAAAUGUACAGAAAUCAGCAGGUUUUCUUAUUGACUAUAUAAACACGUUACUAAAACCAGUGAGCAACAAGUGUGCAGAAUUAACGUUGAAAUCCAUAACGGAUGCUAGAAUGUGGACCGCACCUGAAGAGCAUCAAGGCCAUUCACUGAAUGAUACGAUUUUGACUAUUGUUGUUAAAGUGAAACCAAGUGGUGCAAUAUUUGAAGGUACUGUACGCACUUCUGAACCCGAAAUGAACCUGGAGUUGCUGGGUACAGUGUCGAGACUCAAUCUGUACGGAGACCAAUCUGCCUGUAUUCAAGACGCUGUUUUAAGAAAAUAUUGUUACUGUUCAUGACAUAAUGCAUCUUAAGGCAAAUACGAUAAAAUUAUGAGUAUUUAACAAAACAAUUCGUUAAAUGUGCAAUCCUAGUCAAUUGUAAAUAAGACCAAAUAGAAUAUUUGUUGCAUUACAUGCCUUUUACAUUGAAAAGAAAUGGCAACCAAAAUGAUCAGAUGAGACUUUUUUAUUAUCGGCAAUUUAAAAAAUUUGUACACUGAAGCGCUCAAAUAUGUGCCAACAAACUGUAAAUUUUAGCAGCAUAAACGUGUUCAUUAGACCAAUAAUAUGUUACUAUUGUAUUAUAGUAUUCUUUUAUUUAAUUUCUGUCAUAUUUUUAAAUAUGGAAUUUUGUUGUCGAUUUUAAUAGCAACAUUUGGUAUGCUAAAGUUUUGAAAACUUCUGUAUUGUUUUACGUUUUUUACAAUAUUGGAAUAUUAUUUUUUAUUUCAGAACUUAAUUAUUAAUUAAUUGCUUAAUUUUAUUUUAGAAUUGAUUCCAUGUGAGAAGUACCGUCUUGUGAUGACUUUUUUUUUUAAUCAACUUCGGUUUUAAGAUUCCAUAAUAGUUAUAAUCGUGAGAUAUGAAAUAUAUAAUAAAGGCUAAAAACUAAACAAAGAGAAAAAAGUGUAAGGAAUAAACCUUUUUAAUGCAUUAAAAAAUAGAACUUUUGAAUAAAAACUUCAUAAGAUUAAAGUAAAGACUAUAAAAACGUGAGACGCAGAAAACAACAUAAUAAAAAAAUUAAGCCUCAAUAAAUUUCACAAGAAAAAAAGUUACGAAAUAUUCAUUAAAAUCAAAUUGUAUUAUAAAUCCGAUGAAUAACAGAAGUUAAGAAUAUGGACUCUGUUUUAAAGCACUGAUAAAGAAUGUAUUUAAAAGAUUUUUUUAAAAAUAUUUUACUAUUUUUUUUACAAAUCUGCUUCCGUUACUUGUAAUUUUCAUAAAUUAUAGCAGCUACAUUUUCCAGUUCUAGAGAUUGGCAAUUUUUUUUUUAUGUGAUAUGUGUGUUAAGCAGAAAUUUAUUUAAUUUUUAUAAAAAAAUUUCUCAUUUUCUUUCAUAUCUAUAAAGAAUAAAUAUAAGAAGGCGUAACAGAAAAUGCUAAUAUCAAAUUAACGAUUUAAAAUCAUUGCAGUCUUAUAAAUUAAUGCUUUUUAAUGCUGGUAAAAAUUCAGAAUGCUUUAUCAUGAUCAUAUGUUAACAUCUUAUAUGCUUUUAUAAAAUAAUUCAUUUUAUUUAUUCUGUAAGAAAUUAGCAACGCAAAGGCUUAGCUCUACUUAAUAAGCUGAUAUUUUAUAAAAUUUUAUUAAUAUUUUUAGAUCAUUAUCCACUGUAACAGGUUUUUUUUUUUUUCAUUUGUCAAUAUUUUGUUUCAAAAUCAUAAUCUUCCACUGAUAAGGGGGAGGGGAUUCUUAUUUAAUUUUAAACGAUACAAAAUUCUAUUAAUGUCAAAAAUAGUGACAUUUAAAAUGAAUAUUAUCCAUUGUUCAUUUGUUUAUUGAUGUUUUACUCCUCUAAAUUUAUG